AUGUUCAAGAGUGUAUCAAGUCCGCCAAAGAUUCAAGAAGAAUAUCCCAAGCAGCGAUCAGCCGUGACGACUCCUGGCACUGUGUCACCCGACCCGGAUCUACCGUCGACGUGGAAGUUGACCCUCAGCUCCUCAUCCUCACUGAAAGUGGCGAUAGAAGAAGCAGCGCGGGCAAUGGAGAAAAAGGAGAUCAAGGACACUAACACCUCCGAUGUUCCUAUACAGGUUUUGAUGGAGAAGAAGCAAACCGACACACUUAUUGUAGAACCGAAACUCAAGGAGCUUCCGCCUCGGCCCGUCCAGAAGGAGAAUACCCCACCGCCACACCAAUCACAUAAAAAGUCGGAAGAAACUCCUACGGAAAGCAACUACUCGAUUCGUACAGAGAAUGACGACAAAGACAUCGAUAACAGGGAUGUACUGCGGGGUUUGAACAUUGCAAUCUCUGCAGCCUGUGACGAAGAAGUGGACGCUUGGAUCAGGGAGAAAACGGGAGUUCGAAUUCGACGCUUUUUGGCAGACUUGCGCGCUUUCGAGUCGCUCGCCGAGGACGACACACCGGACCCUAUGCAUGAACGCGCGAGAAUCAGGAGAGCAGGUUCAAGGAAGCUGAAGGCGCAGAUUCGGCAGUCAAGGGCAGCCAGAGAGGCGAGACAGCUUUGA